AGGCAGCGGAAGAGGCGGCGGGGGUAGCAGAGACUCAACUAGCAUCAGGUAAUGAAGGAGUCGACCACCGCCAGCUCUCCAACACCGUGGUCCGUCUAGACGCCUUAGAGCGCAUGCGCGACGCCAUCAGACAACUGGAGGAACUACAACAAGAUGAACACCCACACGCUAAGAGGAGUGGGGGAGUAAGUGAAGAGGAGAAGAAGCGAUCCCAGGACUCAAGAAUAACUAAGAGGAGGAGUGUGAGGAGGAGGCUGAGAAGAGGAGAAGAGGAAGAGGGAGAGGAUCUUCACGACCUGUUUCUCGAGAAUACCAGGGAAGAGUGCCCGGUGCUGGACAGGAUCCUGGUCAACUGUAUGGGCGUGAGUGAGGUGGUGGGAGACAGAGACCAAGCCUUCCUCAACUCCUGCCUACGACACGAAAUCUGCUAUAUGUGUGGCGCUAGCUUGGCAGUGAGCCGCCAUGAGUGUGAUGCAGUGUUGUCGUCGUCCCUGGAAGCUGACUGCGCCAUUAACCUGGACUGUAAGAGUGCCGCGGGCAACACCUUCAACCUCCUGAGCAACGACGGCCGCUACGACGCCGAGGGCACCUGUACCCCCGACCCCUGCGUCAAGCGGCUCCUAGAACACCGCUGAAUCCUUCACCACCUCCCACCCACGCACGCGGGGGGACGUGGUCGGUUCAAAUGGGACUUUCUUCUUUGACUCUUGGUUGGACUUGUGGGAAUAAGGGAAGAUAAGGAAGGGACUUUUUAUGAAACCUUUGCCCAAGACGGAAACAAACUCUUUGGCCUUUGGUAUUUUGGACUUGUGGAAGGACAGAUUUGACUUGUUAUUUGCCGUACAGAAGGGACGUGCCCAUGUCAGCUAGGAUUGUUGUUACUUGUGUUUUAGACUUGUGAAAAACUGAGAAGGACUUUUAAGUGAUGGUGGAAGAUAAAGAUGGACUUGUAUGACCUUCGAUGGGACUUGCUGAAGGAGAUAGAGAGGGAUAACAGAUUGGACUUGUACUCUGACUGGUGACUUAUGAAGGACUGUUGAAUUACGGACUCAUUUUUUUUCUCUUCUUUUGUCGGACGUACGAGAGACAGGGAUAAAUGAGAGACGUUGGAUUUCUUAACAUACGAAGUUUUUGAUGUCGUGUUGAGAUAGAGAGCGAGAGAGAGAGAGAGAGAGCGAUUUUCAAUUUAUCGUCUGGGUCCCUUGAGAGUUGAGGCAGUGACAGGAGUCUUAGUUGUGUGAUUAUCUUUCCACUUAAGAGGUCUCCCGUUGACGCUUGUUCUUAGGGGUAAACAUAAACAGUGCGUUGUGACGUUUAGUGAGAAUGAUGGAGGAAGUCUGGAGCAAGCGAAGAGUUUGAUCGUGUGAAGUAUAGGAAUGUUUUUUUGUUUUUCAUCCUCUCUUUACCACUGAAGGUAAUAAAUUAAAAUGAAAACAGGUUAAUAAUUGGUGACUGGGAUAAAGGGAAGAUGAAACUAGCAGAAGUAGUUGUUGGUAAGAGAACUGAAGGAUAAUAGGUUUUGGUGUGAUGAGAAAGGUUUGUCCCGGCGACCCACCGAGUACACAAUUGUUUUUCUCCUUUUCUCUUCGUCACUGAAAGUAAACAUAAUAACAAUCGGUAAUCGGGAUAAAGGGAAGAGAAAUGAUGGACAAUAGUUUUUUGACGUUCUGGUGUUGAUGGUGUGACCUGUUCCACAAGUGUAAACAACUACUAUAUACAUACAUAGAUACAGUCCACGACUACGUUGGUUGACGACCUGAAAUAUUUCUCUCCUUUAGAUGAGUGUAAUAAUGGACAAUGUUUCAGUGUCUGUAGGAAUAUGUGUAUUAUAUAUCCCUGAUAAUUCAGAAUACAGAGGUCUGUUGUUGACCAGGCCUUAUUAUCGGUGUUGACAGUCAACUUCUUGUGAAAAGAUUUCCCAUCUGUAUGAUGUAAACUUCCCAGCAGACAAUGUCCAUGUUGAUGUGUAUGUUACUUCCUUUUCUUCAUGCUGAGUCAAUAAUUAUAACACGAUGCCAAAGACCAAUCAGGAAGCCAAUAAAACCCUCGAAAUUAUCUGAAAAGAACUAUGUGUUCCAAUAAUAUUUUGGGUAUAAGUUUGUGUCCAGUGUCCCAGAGAUUUGUAUUGUAAAUAUUUCUUAUAACUGAAGGUGUAGAAAUGUAUCCCAGUUGACUUAAAAUAAAUAAAAUUAAAUAAUAUAACAAAAUUAAUAAUAACAUUACAAUAAGACUCACUCAACUAGACACAUUCACCUAACACAAGAUCGAGGAAAUAUUUACAUUACGAACUGGUGAGAUUCUGGUCCCAGGAAAGUUUAUUUAAAGGUAAAAAAAAUAAUAUUUCUUAUAUACAUCUCACACCAAAAAUUACUAUUAGGAAAUACAAAGGAAUUCCUGUGUUUAAUGCAUUGUUCCUUUGUUUUGGAAAUUGGUGGAAGGACUUGAGCCAAUGUUCAAGACGAGUGUGUGUGUGUGUGUGUUAACAAAAACAAAUUGUGUUGAGUUUAAAAGAAUCUAUUUAUUGUGUAGGACAAUUAUCUCUGCGAUAUUCUUGGAAAAAAUAAAGAUAUCAAGUGUUA